AUGCGUGGUCUUUUCCUUCUUGCUUUGAGUGCAAUCCCGGCGCUGGUCUGCGGUCAGCUUUCUGGAAGUGUUGGCCCAUUGACUACCGCUUCGACCAAGCGUGCGAAGAAAACAUGCAACGUGCUCAAUUACGGCGCCGUGGCCGACAACUCGACUGAUGUUGGGACUGCCAUUGCUUCGGCCUGGGCUGCAUGCAAAAGCGGAGGUCUUGUUUACAUCCCAUCUGGAGACUAUGCCUUGAAGACCUGGGUCACUCUCACGGGGGGCAGCGCGACCGCAAUUCAGCUGGACGGUAUCAUUUAUCGCGCCGGCACCGCCAGUGGGAACAUGAUUGCGGUCACUGAUACCACGGACUUUGAGCUGUUCAGUAGUACCUCCAAAGGUGCUGUGCAGGGAUUCGGCUAUGUAUAUCAUGCGCAGAGUACCUAUGGAGCACGAAUUCUGCGAUUGACCGAUGUUACCCAUUUUUCCGUGCAUGAUCUCAUCUUGGUGGAUGCGCCUGCUUUCCAUUUCACCAUGGACACCUGCUCUGACGGCGAGGUAUACAACAUGGCGAUUCGUGGUGGCAAUGAAGGUGGUUUGGACGGGAUUGACGUCUGGGGCAGCAACAUCUGGGUCCACGAUGUCGAGGUAACAAACAAGGAUGAAUGUGUCACAGUCAAGAGCCCUGCAAACAACAUCUUGGUAGAGAGUAUCUACUGCAACUGGAGCGGUGGAUGCGCCAUGGGCUCGCUGGGAGCUGACACCGACGUCACCGAUAUUGUUUAUCGCAACAUCUAUACGUGGUCGUCCAACCAGAUGUACAUGAUCAAGAGCAAUGGCGGGAGUGGAACGGUGUCCAACGUUCUGCUGGAGAAUUUUAUCGGGCAUGGUAAUGCUUACUCGCUCGAUAUUGACGGCUACUGGAGCAGCAUGACUGCAGUGUCUGGCGACGGGGUGCAAUUGAACAACAUCACGGUCAAGAACUGGAAGGGCACUGAGGCGAACGGCGCGACGCGACCACCGAUCCGAGUGGUGUGUAGUGAUACGGCUCCUUGCACGGACCUGACACUGGAGGAUAUCGCCAUCUGGACCGAAAGCGGUUCGAAGGAAUUGUUCCUGUGCCGAUCUGCUUACGGAUCGGGCUACUGUCUGAAGGACAGCUCGUCGCACACUUCCUACACCACCACCAGCACCGUCACCGCGGCUCCGUCGGGCUAUUCGGCAGCAACGAUGGCAGCAGACUUGGCGACCGCAUUUGGGCUCACUGCUUCCAUUCCGAUUCCGACCAUCCCGACCUCGUUUUAUCCCGGGUUGACCCCGUACAGUGCAUUGGCGGGCAAAUAA